AUCGCUGCUCUCAACCCACGUGCCCACCCCACGACUUCCUGCCUUGAUCAAAUACAUAUAUCUACUGUGUACGAGUUGCGAUUCGAGUUGCGCAUCAUGGCUACAAAUGGAGGAGCGCAGCCUGCUUUCGGGCCCGACGAGGUGCUCCAAGCCAUGUUGACUAUGCGGGGUGGGGACUCGGAGAAAAAAAAGAAGGCUCAUGAAUAUCUCGAACUGUUCCAGAAAUCGACAACAGCAUGGACUACUACAGUCACAAUACUACAAUCGAAUGCCGAAGCCGACGUCAAGCUAUUCGCAGCGACGACACUUAGAGGGAAGAUAACCUACGAUCUCUCGACCCAAGUCCCUGCGGCUGAGAUCCCAGCCGUGCGAUCUCAACUUCUAGUGCUUCUCAAAACCUUUGCGCCGGGACCGAAGCCGAUCAGGGUACAGCUUUGCGUAUGCCUAGCCAUCCUAGCAAUACAAAUGCAAGAAUGGAAAGAUGUACUGCCUGUCGUGGUGUCUUCCCUGGGCAACGAAAUCGAAAGCCAUGGGUGCAUCUUAGACUUCCUUAGAGUCCUACCAGAGGAGGUUACAGAAGGACGCAAAAUCACCCUGACAGAUGAAGAACUCAGUCAUAGAACCACUGAGUUACUAGAACAGAAUGCUCCGCAGGUGGUGCAACUUCUCAUCAACUAUGCCCAUUCGUCGCCUGCUGCUGCGACAAACCCGCAGCUUUUUGAAUGCAUUACAUCUUGGUUGCGUGAGGUUCCUAUCAAUGAAAUCGUCAAAUCUCCUCUAUUAAACAUCGUCUUUAGCGCACUGGAGAGUGACUCUUCUUUCCAGGCCGCUGCUGAGUGCAUCUCGACGAUGGUUAGAGAAACGAGGGAGAUAGACGAGAACAUCGAGACUAUUCAAAUACUCCUACCUAGAAUUAUUGCUUUGCAACCCAAGAUCCAGAAACUAGUAGCAGAAGAGGACCUCGAUUCCUACAGGUCAAUUACGAAGCUAUUCGGUGAGGUUGGGGCUUUUUGGGCCGUUGCCAUCGCUCGCGAGCCCAGCCAUUUCCGACCAUUGGUCGACGCCAUCCUCGAGUGCGCCGCGAGAGAUAAGGAUAGGGAGGUUAUCGAAUUCACCUUCGACUUUUGGUAUGAACUCAAGCAGUACCUCGUCCUCGAGAAGUACAUUCAAGCGCGCAUGGAACUUCUGGACGUUUACGCCAAGCUUGUUGAUAUCUUACUUCUACACCUCGAGUAUCCCCAAUCAGAAAUUGGCGAUGAGAGAGACCUAUUUGAUGGAGACAGGGAAGCAGAAGAAAAGUUCCGUGAAUUCCGACAUCUCAUGGGUGACACCCUCAAAGAUUGCUGCGAAAUUAUGGGGGUGUCCGAUUGUCUCGCAAAGGUACUGGAUGCGAUCAAGAUUUGGAUGCAGAAGUAUGCGAGCAUGGCAAAUGGCACUUCAGUCCCUCAUUGGCAGCAAUUGGAAGCACCCCUAUUCUCUAUGCGAGCUAUGGGCCGCAUGGUGACUAAGGAGGAAAGUACCGUUCUGCCACAACUUAUGCCUCUUCUAGUCCAAAUGCCAGCCCACGAGAAGCUACGUUUCGCGACGAUUAUGGUAUUGGGUAGAUACACGGAGUGGACUGCUGCCCACCCAGACUUCCUUAGUGCUCAAUUCAGCUACAUUGUCUCUUCAUUCGACACAGACUCAAAGGAGAUUGUGCGGGCUGCGGCCAUGGCGAUCAAGUACUUCUGCACAGAUUGCAAACAUCUCCUGAGCGAACAGGUUCUUCAGUUGCAACAAUUCUACGACCAAAUCUUGGACAAGCUUCCCGAGGUCAGCCAAGAAGAGAUUACCGAAGGCGUUGCCACCGUUGUCUCGGUGCAACCCAAGGAAGAUAUCUACCGACUUCUCAAGCUUUUCUGCGACCCUCUAAUCCAGAGACUGAUGGCCAAAGCAAACAAUGCUACAGACCCAGAAAAAAAGCUAGCUGUCGCAGAUCAUUUACAACUAAUCACACUAUUCUCUCAGGGCGUAGUAGUCCUCCCACCCGUCGAGCGUGGCCAAGAAGACCCCGCUGUGAAAUAUUGGCAAGAGGUAUUCCCGAUUCUAACCAAGGUCUUAGACAGCUUCCUUGAUUUCCCUCCCAUCUGUGAAAGAGUUUGUCGAUGUUGGAGAUUCAUGGUAAUCUCUCACAGGGGAGCAAUGGCACCCGUUCUUCCCGAUAUGGCAAAUCAGCUAGCAAGUGGAUUUGCCUCAUCGAGGCAAGGUUGUUUCUUGUGGGUCACUGGCGCCAUCCUGCGGGAGUUCUCUGACGACCGAGAACAUGUCGAACAGGCUUUGACGGAACACAUUUACAUGUUCUUCGAAGCCCAAGUUACUAACGUGCUUCGCUUCCUGAGCGAGUUAUCGCCCCAAGAUCUUCCUGACGUUACCGAGGACUUCUUUCGCUUAGUGGUAGAUGGACUCUUGUACUAUCCUCAAAAGUUCAUCCCGUCGCCCAUAUUUUCACCUGUAUUUGAAGCAGCCCUCUCCGUCCUCGUCCUGGAGCAACGUGAGCCUCUUAGUGCUACGCUCCACUACAUCCGCGACGUUCUCGGAUGGGGCACCCCCUACUCUCCGUCAUCAUACGAGCACCUAACUGCUGCGGUCACAGAGCAACUAAGAGUUGUCGUGAAACAACUACUACUAACUCAGGGAGAAACUUUGGUUAAGCGCUUACUUGCUGGCAUGAUGAUUACCUUUCCCAAGGACUGCUUUGCCGAUGCUAGCGGCGCCCUUUUGACAUUAUUUGAAAUAUUCCCAGAUCAGACAGCAACAUGGGUGGACCAAACCCUUCGUCUAUUACCUGACGGUACCGUCACCUUAAUAGAGGUGGAUCGUCUCAUGAUAAAGAUCAAGGAAAAGCUCAGCACAAAUGACACUGGCGACGUCCGACAAAUACGCUCUAUCCUUCAGGACUUCACCAAUACUUAUCGCAGAAGAUAUGUCGCGCCUCGCGAUGGCUUAGGGGCCCUAGAAGGAUCUCGGUUCCGAUUUGCCGGUUAAUCAACAGACUGACACAUCUUUUAAGGUGAAUGCGGGAGAGAGGGGCGACAAUGUCGUGCUCGUAAUGCCCGAAGCCUCUCAACGCUUUUACUUGGUUGCAUACAGCUCUUUGUAUUGGGUUAUUCCGUGGAAAACGAAUAGGAACUGCCCGCGACCCCUGGGAAUAUGAAUAAGUGCUAUCGCAGCUCGUCAGGCGUGGGGUAGACUCGGCGUAGGUUGAUAAGGGGAUGGAGGGCAAAACGAUACCUAGCA